AUUCAGUAUUACUCAUUUAUUUCCAUGAGAUUUCCUAGUCUUUCUCUAUGGGAGAUCUAACCGUUCUUUCGGUAAGGAGAAAUCACGAGGAUAUCUAAGGUCAAAGGUUAUUACCGCUAGGCUGGAAGAUUUAUGGCACCGAGGCAAAAGCACACUAGGGGUGGAGGUGCCGGCUCUAGCCGAGGCAACACCGGCCGGUACCAGCCCAAGUUCCCGCAACUGCGGGACGAACUGAAGCAUACAGAGCUACUGCAAAAGCCUAUGGGCACAUUUUACUACCCGGAUGAGGAUUCACUCACGGCAGCAGGAGUGAGGGAUGAAGUGAUGUUUUUAUUGAGACGAGGGUGGUGGCGACACCUAUUUUUUGGGAUCCGUGAUAUCACAUAUAUAGAGAUUACUUGUGAGGUGCUGGCCACGUUUAAGAUGCCGAAGACCAUUCCUAUUGAGGACAACACCCGGCCUCUCAUCCGGUUCAGAGCUUUUGAGGAGGACCAUGCCAUCUCCAUGGCUGGUAUGAUAUAUCACUUGGGCUUCACGGGGAUCGAGGACAGCGGCCAGCAUGAGGUCCCCUUGACAGACUUCCCACCCGGCGUUGACCGUCAGGCAUUCUGGGAGUCGAUCACGAGAGAUGGCGGGAUUUACACACCGAAGAAGUCCCCUAGCACCCUACUUUACCCCCGCCAGUACCGCAUAAUCCAUACCCUCCUUUCUUCCACUGUCA